AUGAACAUUUUCAAAUCCCCUCCCGACCAUGACUCAGAAGCAUCAUCGGAAACAAGUUCCCUCACAACAGUUCAGAGUAGUGGCUAUUCCGACGAGGAGGUGAUACUAGCGUCAUCCCGGCCAAAGAAGCGAGCAGGGCGAAGAGUGUUCAAGGAGACCAGGCACCCCGUGUACCGGGGAGUGCGACGGAGGAACAACAACAAGUGGGUCUGCGAGAUGCGAGUUCCCAACAAUAACUCCCGGAUUUGGCUCGGGACUUACCCCACCCCCGAAAUGGCGGCGCGCGCGCAUGAUGUUGCCGCCCUCGCUCUCAGGGGGAAGUCCGCCUGCCUCAAUUUCGCCGACUCCGUGUGGCGUCUCACGGUGCCUGCCACUAGCGACGCGAAGGAGAUACGACGAGCGGCGGUGGAGGCUGCUGAGGCAUUUGCAGGGGAGGAUGUCAACCAACAGCAGACGAACGAAGAAAUUGAAGAGCCUCUGCUGCUGCAGCAACGAGAGGGUGUGUACGGGGAUGAAGUCGAAGAGCUUCAUGAUUUGCUUUUGCGAAUUGCGAAUGAGCCUUUGAUGUCUCCUCCUCCUUGUGCAAGAGAUGGUAGGGAGUGGAAUGACGUGGAGAUGUUCGAUGCUGAGGUUCGAUUUUUCUCUCUCCGUUUGUUUGAAGGUGAAACGCAAAGCUGUAAAAAAAUGAAUCCCAAAGACGCGAAAGCGCAUAGAAAGAAAUUAGCAGUUACUAAUUCCUCACCUCCACUGGAAUUUCUUAAAAGAACGUGGAUAUGA